CCUCCCCUGCCCCCCGGGGGCCCGCCUUUGCCUGCUUUCGGGGCGGUGGGUGGGGAGGGGCGCGCGGAUCAUGGCAUUGGAGUUCCCGGGCUUGCAGCCGCCGCCGCCGCCUGGUCCACGCACCCCGAGCGCCCCUUCUUCCCGGAGCAGCAGCGGAGAAGGCGAAGCGGCCGGCGGGGGCGAGGCAGAUGGGGCUCAAGGCGCGCAAGGCGGCGGGGGCGGCAGGCGGCGGCGGCGGCGGGGGCGGCGGAGGCGGCGGGGCCGCUAACCCGGCCGGAGGGGACGCGGCGGCGGCCGGCGACGAGGAGCGGAAAGUGGGGCUGGCGCCCGGGGAGGUGGAGCAAGUCACCUUGGCGCUCGGGGCCGGAGCUGACAAAGACGGGACCCUGCUGCUGGAGGGCGGCGGCCGCGACGAGGGGCUGCGGAGGACCCCGCAGGGCAUCGGGCUCCUGGCCAAGACCCCUCUGAGCCGCCCUGUGAAGAGGAACAACGCCAAGUACCGGCGCAUCCAAACUUUGAUCUACGAUGCCCUGGAGAGACCGCGGGGCUGGGCGCUGCUCUACCACGCGCUUGUGUUCCUGAUCGUCCUGGGGUGCUUGAUUCUGGCCGUCCUGACCACGUUCAAGGAGUACGAGACCGUUUCGGGAGACUGGCUUCUGCUACUGGAAACGUUCGCGAUUUUCGUCUUCGGAGCCGAGUUUGCCUUGAGGGUCUGGGCCGCCGGGUGCUGCUGCCGAUACAAAGGCUGGCGGGGGCGGCUGAAGUUCGCCAGGAAGCCGCUGUGCAUGUUGGACAUCUUCGUGCUGAUUGCCUCUGUGCCCGUGGUCGCCGUGGGCAACCAGGGCAAUGUCCUGGCCACAUCCCUGCGGAGCCUGCGCUUCCUGCAGAUCCUGCGCAUGCUGCGGAUGGACCGGCGGGGCGGCACCUGGAAGCUCCUGGGCUCGGCCAUCUGCGCCCACAGCAAAGAGCUCAUCACCGCCUGGUACAUCGGGUUCCUGACGCUCAUCCUUUCUUCAUUUCUUGUCUACCUGGUGGAGAAAGACGUGCCGGAGGUGGAUGCCCAAGGAGAAGAGAUGAAGGAGGAGUUUGAGACCUAUGCAGACGCCCUCUGGUGGGGCCUGAUCACACUGGCCACCAUCGGCUACGGCGACAAGACACCCAAGACGUGGGAGGGCCGUCUGAUUGCGGCCACCUUCUCCUUGAUCGGCGUCUCCUUCUUUGCCCUUCCCGCGGGCAUCCUGGGCUCCGGGCUGGCCCUCAAGGUGCAGGAGCAGCACCGGCAGAAGCACUUUGAGAAAAGGAGGAAGCCAGCCGCCGAGCUGAUUCAGGCUGCCUGGAGGUACUAUGCUACCAACCCCAACAGGAUCGACCUCGUGGCGACGUGGAGGUUCUACGAGUCUGUCGUCUCUUUUCCAUUCUUCAGGAAAGAACAGCUGGAGUCCGCAGCCAGCCAAAAGCUGGGUCUCUUGGAUCGGGUUCGCCUUUCUAAUCCUCGUGGUAGCAAUACUAAAGGAAAGCUAUUUACCCCUCUGAAUGUAGAUGCCAUAGAAGAAAGUCCUUCUAAAGAACCAAAGCCUGUUGGCUUAAACAAUAAAGAACGUUUCCGCACCGCCUUCCGCAUGAAAGCCUACGCUUUCUGGCAGAGUUCCGAAGAUGCCGGGACGGGCGAUCCCUCGGCAGAAGACAGGGACUACGGGAGUGACUUCCUUGUCGAAGACAUGAUCCCCACGCUGAAGGUUGUCAUCCGAGCCGUCAGAAUUUUACAAUUCCGUCUCUACAAAAAAAAAUUCAAGGAGACCUUGAGGCCUUACGACGUAAAAGAUGUGAUUGAACAGUACUCUGCAGGACACCUCGACAUGCUGUCCAGGAUAAAGUACCUGCAGACGAGAAUAGAUAUGAUUUUCACCCCUGGGCCGCCAUCUACUCCAAAACACAAGAAGUCUCAGAAGGGGACAGCGUUCACCUACCCAUCCCAGCAGUCUCCCAGGAACGAACCGUAUGCGGCCAGAGCAUCCGCAUCAGAAGCUGAAGACCAAAGCAUGAUGGGGAAGUUUGUGAAAGUCGAAAGACAGGUUCACGACAUGGGGAGGAAACUGGACUUCCUCGUGGACAUGCACAUGCAGCACAUGGAGCGGCUGCAGGUGCACGUCACGGACGGCGACCCCACCAAGGGGAUGCCCUCGCCGGCCGAGGUGGAGAAGAAAGGGGACAGCAGGGAUCCUGACUUGAAAACCAUCAUUUGCAACUAUUCCGAGGCGGGCCCCCCCGAGGCCCCCUACAGCUUCCACCAGGUGCCCAUCGACAGAGUCAGCCCCUAUGGGUUCCUGGCCCACGGCCCCGUGAGCCUGCCCCGGGGGGGACCCAGCUCUGGGAAGGUUCAAGCAGCCCUCCGCUCCUCGACGGCACCGUCGGUGGAAAGGCCCACCGUCCUGCCCAUCUUGACUCUUCUCGACUCCCGGGGGGGCCGCCUGUCCCCCGCCGACCCCUGCUCAGACUGGGUCUCCCCGAGGCAGAGACGCAGCGUCACUCGGGACAGCGACACACCGCUGUCCCUGAUGUCGGUCAACCACGAGGAGCUGGAACGGUCUCCAAGUGGCUUCAGCAUCUCCCAAGACAGAGACGACGUGUUCGGCCCGAGCGGGGGCUCGAGCUGGAUGAGGGAGAAGCGGUACCUCGCCGAGGGUGAGACAGACACCGACACAGACCCCUUCACCCCCAGCGGCUCCAUGCCACCGUCGUCCACGGGGGACGGGAUUUCCGAUUCCGUAUGGACCCCUUCCAGCAAGCCCAUGUAAAGGGGGUCACGGGCUGACUCCUCCUUGUAAUGUAGACAGACUUUGUAUAGCUCACUUGCUCUCACACCCGUCACCUACCAGUGAGGUCACCGGUGGCUGCAUCAAACACGUGCAUGUGCGUGACGGCCCCACCCCCCCAGGCAGGGGCUUGUCAUGGCCUGUCCCCCGUGUCACCACAGUGAAGCCACUUCCUUUGACGCAUGGUUUGCAUGACUUUACACUGUAUAAAUGGUACCGCUAACCUCUUCUAGGAUGCACACUUACCUGCCGUUCUUACUCUUGCUCCUGAUUGGACCAGUACAGGGAGAAACUAAUGACGCGCUGUUCUGUCUGUCUGUUUGGUUGGCGGGUUUGGGUUUUGGUUAGGUAAGCAGGGAAGUAGUUUAAGUUAUUUCUCGGAUCACCAUGUCUUUCUGUACACGUGCCAAUGAUUGAUUAAUUGUUUUACAAAGCAAGCACAUAAUGCUGUCCACAGAAACACAUUGCAUACCAAUGAGGGUGCCUCCUGAGCGAAAAUGUUAGGAGUGAGGUGUUCUCACGUCUCCAAAACCAAGAAUCUUAAACAUUCUUUUAUUACGGCAAAAACUGGCAAAGCCUUCCACAAGCCCUCCAAAGGACCUCAGCGGGUCUGCCAUUGUCUGCUGUCAUGCCUCAGUUUCCUCACCUGUAAAAAAGUGGUGGCGUUCCCAGUGUAGCGUUUCAGAUGAGUUACGAAUUGGCAGGGGGAAAACACUCACACACACAAAGGUUUUAGAAAUUCCCAGUUCAUGUAGCCAAGGAUUGUGAAAUUUAUCAGAAGUGGGGUGCCCCUCUGCGCAGCAGCUGAGUUCAGUGCCUUCAAAAUGAGGUUCCAACUCCCAUCCCUGCCAUGAUACUUAGACACAAUAUCCAUCUCAACUGGAAACUGGCAUCAGAGGGCACAGGACUUAUCUGGUCCACAUCCCUCUCUGUAAAGCCCAGAGACCUUCGGCUCAGGUUAAGUGACAUGCCCGGGACCCCUCCAUUGUCCCCGGGAGAGCUGGAACUCCAAGCCCAGUCACCUGACUCACGCCAUUACCUGGUCUCCUCUGACCGCACCACUCUGCCCUUUAUGCGGUGGGUCCCAGAAAUUGUGCCGUGACACCUGUACGUUAUGUCGUGUAGAAAGCACUCACCACACAAUUUAACCGGGGGAGGGGGUUGUCAGCUUUUAUCUGCAAAAUGUGCUUACUAAUGCACUGUAUUUUGGAUCCAGAAAAAAAAAUACAAGCAAGCUACAACAUUCAUUAAUAUGCACAGAGGCCGAAUUUCCAGAACCAUCUAUUUCUACUCUUCUAAGAUCUUUAAAUUACAUGUAACCGUAAGACCAGCUGAGGCAUAAGCACCCUGCCAGGAAGACACUGCCCCACCGUGAAGGUUACUGUGAGGCACAAGUUUAAUGAGCUUCACAAGCUGUGGCCCCUUAGGAGAUGCCACUACUCUCUGAAAUACUUUGAUGGGAAAGGUUUCUAUUAGAUUGGGGCUGAAUUAGCUAAAUGACUCUUCUGCAGUGUGAUUAUCUCACCCUUUUCACACCUCUAAGCACUGGUCGUGGGCGGUCACCAUGGUAACCAUCAAGCUGAUCGAAGCGGUCUAAACAAACGUCUCCACGUAAGUGCACCCACGUGCAUCCCGGGUCUUGUCAUCGCAGCUGCGGCAGACCUGGUUGGCGGUUCCAUCAGUACCGAAUGCAGUGGCCGUGUGCUCUGAGAGGGAGAGGAACCGCUUCCUAUACAUCAACAGGCACCAGACAAAAGGCUUAGAACACGGUGAUAGUGAAGAGCUGGUCCCUGACCUUCGGAAUUGGCAGCCAAAGCCUCGAGUCCUUGGCCAAGGGCAGGCAGCAGGAGAGGUAGAGAGGGCGUUUCCCACAGAGGGUCCCGUGAGCGGAUGGGCGUGGACCUUGAAGUGUGAGGUGGGACGUGCACCAGAUGAUCACACACUUCGGACGUGAAAUCCCCGCGCCUGUGGUUUGCCGGUGGCCUCCAGCCAUCUGAAGGGCAAAGGGCAUGGGUCACUCGGUCCUCCUCACGGCUCCCUUCAGUAUGCCUGAAAGUGCUGUGGGGGUUACUAACCUGAGAAAUCCUAUGCCCCUUCCCUAGGCCUUGGUUCUUGAUUCUGACCUCCCUAAAAUCUUUCACUAGAGAUGGCUGAGCCACCUACCAUCCAGGGUGUCCGACCUGCAGCCAUGGGGCCGCAUGCAGUCCAGGAUGGCUAUAAAUGCAGCCCAACACAAAAUCCUAAAUUUACUUAAAACACUACGAGAUUAUUUUGUGAUUAUGUGUCGCAAUGUAUUGAGUGUGUGGCCCAAGAUAAAUCUUCCAGCGUGGCCCAGAAAUGCCAAAAGGUUGGACUCCCCUACUAUGUUACUAUGUUCUUCUUUAUAUAUAUGAGUUCUUUGAAAGAGAAACAACAAAAACGGAGAAUGAGUCAAACACUGCCCACAGGCACCCAUUACUUUCCCUAACGUACUGAUAUUCUUGCAGGACCUCGUCGCCGUAGCAUCUCACAAACAUAUGCGUUCCCCAGGACCUAGUGGAGUGUUCUCAGCUGGAAGAGGGAGGCUCUCUCACCCUCAGGCUAACACUAGUUGCCAGGGACCCAGAGUUACAGGACUGCCUCAGGUUCUUCUAACAGCCUAAAAGGUUGGGAGAUGCAGUUAUUUCCCGAACCACAGGUGGCAGGUAGCUCCCCUGCAGAGCCUAAGGCCAGGAUGGCAGGGAUUGGCUUUGUGUUUCUUACCACCGUGUUUCCGCCAUGUAGUUUGUUGUCAUUGUCAGUGCAGACAAAGGCCAAGUACAUUUUUCAUGAAUGAAUGAGUGAUAAGACUCUUAAGAGCUAUUUUUUCCCAUCUAAGAAAACAAAAAAGAGAAAAGUGAUCUUCUGGAAUAUUUUGCUUUGAUAUCCCCUUAAAAAAUAUGAUGUGUGUAAUUUUCCUGUGAUGAUAUUUCAUAUUAAUGCAGUAAAAAUUAAAAAUACAUAUAGAUAUCCCAGAGAAGCAGACCAAACCCACUCCCUUUGCCUGCCCCUAAACAACAUCACCAAUGCAGCUGGCACUGAUGAAGAAGUUCAAGGUCUAGGAUUGAACAUGAGUUCUGGGGAGAAAGUAUAUGCUCCUACAACGAUCUUUUUGUCAGACAAAAGAACAGUACGAUCUGUUGCAAUAAUCCAGCAGAACUGGUUAAUAACGUGAAGAUUAUACCACUUCAGAUAUGCCGGUGGUUCUGACGUUUGCCCAGGAAAUUGCAGUUUGGCCGGAACCCCCUGAAAUGGUGACAAAUUAAUUCCAUCCUAAAAACUAGGAGUGAUUUUCUUCAGUGAAACUAUGAUCUCCCUCUGUGGAUUCAGUCCGUGUGUCACAAAUGAUAUACGAAAGUCUUAAGAGGUCCUGUUUUAGCGGGAUCAAGAAGAAUGAGCUAAAUCUGCUUUCCAAGUGGUGGUGAUAGGGGGUUUCAUUGGGCUGAGCAGAAAGAACUUGAGAUCAAGUGCCAGUUCUGACUAUCAAACACCAGCACACAAGGAAACACACACACACACACACACACACACACACAUGGCUUUAAAAAUUGCGAGAGAAAACCCCCAAAUUGAAGAAGUCCUGUUUCGUAACUGUGCUUUUUCUGGGAACUGAGUUAGACUUAUUAGACAUAACAAUGACAUCAUGAAGCUCUGAUUUUCAUAAAAACAUAUCCAAAAAGCCCCGAGGUGUAUACUACAUACAGUUCAAAAUGAGCUAAUUGAUGGACAGCUAUGCGUUACGCCUUGCCAAUUUUGUGCAGGGCAGUUCUUGGGCACUCGCUGUCAACUGAAAGAAAAAUUACUUGCAGAAAAUCCUAAUACAACAGGAUCCACUCAUAAUUUGCCGAGACCAUUUUCAUAAUUCGAUGCCACUGUAAGGACAAUGUAAUAAAAACAUUUACUUAUUCAUUUAUAAGAUGUAUUAAGCUGUGAGGCACUGGGCCAUGCACUUGAAAUUCAGAACUGGGAAAACCAUGGUUCCUGCCAUCAGAAAGCUAGGAAUUUGGGGGCGGCAGGUACCAGAGCUUCCUUCUAAUGCCUGCCAAGAAUGGCAAGUAAUCCGACUUCAUCACGGAAGACCACUCUGUACAGACAGGAAUGCUUUCUCGCUUGGAAUCAUGGGAAGGCUGAGCACGGAAGAGAUUGAGAGCGAAACUUCUGUGUCCAGACAGUGCAACCAAGGGAAGAAUGAGCGGAUUGAGUGGGGACUUUGAGUUUGGGUUCAGUGCUUUGGACUUGAUAGCUUCAGAUAAGUGGUAAAAGAAGAAGGUUCUAGAGACCUGGGAAAGUUCUUGGGGGAGGGAGAAAUGCCUCCUCUCUCACUCCCUACCAGGACUGAGUUUGGGCAAACAGCUGACCUACUUUUCAUCUCAUCAUGUUGACCAAGAGCAGCUUACGGUGCCGGCCAAGACACAGCCUCUGUCUCAAGAGAAAGGUGUGACUCUGCCCAUGGGAAUGAGCAGAUCUGACUCCUCUGGGGCAGAGAGAAAUUUAUCCAGUGCUCUGGAAGUCGAUUGCACCCUGGAAAGCGACGCACCAGGCUUCCCCCAGAAGAUGCCAUGUAGCUGGCCCCUGUUCUCCGUGAGUAUGCCUCCAAAGCAUCUAGAACCAAAGUGAGGACUUCCUUUGCUUUCUGAACCCCGGGUAUUCUUAAGAAUUCCCUCACAUCCUUCUUAGUCCCUGAAGGAUUGCUUAUUUCAAGAGGAACUUUUUAAAGGACUGUGAGUCCUUUCUUUGUAUCCCAGUCAAUCCAAAUUUCUUGUCUUACUGAUAUUUACACUCUUCAAAACCGAGCCAACAGUCCCCUAAACAAGGCAGCAGGUAG